AUGUCGCCUAGACGUAAGAUUAUCCGAAACAGCUUUCUUCAUUUGGAUGGCGCAGCCUACAGCUUUGAAAUGACUGACCGCCUUGACCACAACAACCUUGACUUCAGCGAGGAUGAUGUUUUGACAAAAAUAUGCGAAACUAUUUCAGAUGGUUACAAAGAUCCAAUGCAUGAAGGCCAAGAUCAAGUGUUAGUGGCUUUUGAUAAAGAUGCACAUAAAUUUCCUAUUCUUCCUGAUAAUGUCCUAACUCAGUAUCUUGAUGAAACAUCCAGGAGAAAAGUGUAUUCAAACUGGCUCAUCUUCAGACAAAAUGGCAACCACCUCACUAUCACCCACUUUGGUGCUUUUGGGAGCGAGAAAGAUCAAGAUUUUAUAGAUACACAGGAAGAGACAAUGCGGGCUCUUGCCAUUUAUAAGCAACUGUUGGAAGAUCUGAAGUCCCCAAUCAACAAAAUGUCUGAGGAAGACCAAGCACUUAUGGAAGAGCACAUAUUGGCAGAAGCAAAAGCCCAUUAUUUUGGAAUUGUGCAGAAUAAUGAGUCACAGAUUCAAACUUGCAAGAAGGAAUUGGAACAGCUGAUUUAUGAAGUCUAUGAUGAAGAAGAGGAUAAAACAGUUGCUCGAAACCUGAUAGCAAAGUUAUCAGCUUCAACAGGAAAAGUACUGAUUAAAACCAUGGCAAAAGUCAUCACAGAAGAAUUAGCAGAAAAAGCAGCUAAAAAAGUAGCUGCGAAGCUGGCAGCAAAGGCAGCAGCAAAAAUUGCGGCAAUGUCUGGAUUGAAGGGCGGGGCAGCCAAGGGGAGCAGCAAGGUUGCAGCAAAGGCGGUGCCCUUUGUGGGAGCAGCUAUCGGUGUUGGAUUUGGACUCUGGAGGCUUUCUCAAGGAGACGUGUUAGGAGCAGGCCUGGAAAUUGCUUCUGGGGCAGCAUCGUGUGUACCAGGGGCAGGUACUGCUGUGUCUUUAGCUAUUGAUGGCACACUUGUAGGGAAGGACAUGAAGGAAGCAUUGGAAGCAGAAACUAAACGGGAACGAAAUGUUCAGGUAAAGUUGCAUUUGUCUGAAAAACAAAAAUAUUAAUUUAUUAUUAUCAUUAUUAUUAUUGCCUACUUUGAAUACACUCUUACAGUAGGUCUAUCAAAGUUUGUUUUUCAGAUACAAACUGUAUGCCUUUCAGUUAAGAAGCUUAUCUGUGCUCAGGCAUUCUUUUUUUGGGGAGGGGGCAGGGGAAAGAGUAGCAGGCAAAGGGAAACAAAAGGAACACCUGAUACAUUUACUUUUACCUUUUGCCUUCCAAAGGAAGAGGGGAGGGGGACUGCAGCCUGAUCACAGGUUAUUAAGAAGGGGUCACAAAUGCACAAAACGACCCCCCCCCCCACCCACCCUUCCCCAGAUAUGCCUCUAAUUAGAUCUUAUAAUAGAGAAACGAGACAAGUCAUGUUACUAGUUCCUCUGCAGAAGAUCAUGUUUUGUAUCUUUUGAUCAGAUGGCAGGAUUUUUAUACCUCGAAUUGCUACAUUUCUUCAAUCAUGAUUUCCCUCUAUGAUCACUUAUCAUGUUUUUCUCCUCGGGCUUGCACCCCCGUUCAUCAUGGUGUGCAUUGCUUGUGCAUGGGUUUAUACAUGUGGAGGAACUUUGAAAGAAAAAAAAAGAGACUGCUGAUAGUCUAUAUAUUCAGACACUAAGUGGCAAAGGUUGAGGUGACAUGUCAUAGCUCAUGUCCAGUCCUUGGGGGUCUGAGGGUAGGCUGCUGAAGUGAUGGGCUGGUCAAAACUCACGGGAUUGGGCACUCCUUGACUUUUUGGUGAAGUGGAUACACUUUGACCUGGAACCCUUAGUAUAUACAAGGCCAUGUGAAGCCACAAUUUUGCAGCCAUUUUCUAGACUGAGCAGAACUACAAAUAACUGUUGGUUAUCUGACAAAUGUCCAACUAAAAUGUAGCCAUGUGUGACCAAAUUCUACCUACAGCCAAACAUGAUGACUGAAAAGAUCAAAUACGCUACCAAAGACAAUCAUUUUGUUGCUUAAGAAAAACUUUUAAUAGUUAAGUUAUGUUAAAAACAAACAGUCAACAUAAUUUAAGUCCAACAAUUUUUCUGGUUUGAGUUUGACGGGAGGGGUGUGGGGUGUUGGUUGGCACCUUUAUUCAAGGCUGGGCGCUUAUUGACUUUUUCUGCCUUUAGGAUGGACCCUUAUUUGAGGUGGGUGCUAAUUCGAGGUUGGGUGCUUAUUCAAAUAAAUACGGUAUGUGGAAGUACCCCCUCUGCCAUUGUCCACAUUCAGCCAUUCAGUGGGUAAACGGUUUAUUAGUUAUUACUCCUGAGUUCAGUUUUGUCAUUCAAACUCAUCUAUUUUUCUGCUAUAGGAGCUGCAAUGCAAGAUAAAAAAGAUUGAAAAUGAGCUGAAGGUCCUUAGUGAAGACUAUGACAAAGCUAAAGAAGAUUAUGAGUUUGUCAAAAAAGUUUUAGAAGACCCUGGAUGUGGGAUUACAAAAGUUCAGAAGGCAAUUUCAAUCUUGGAAAAGCUUUCAGCUGCUCUUCUUAAAGUAGGAGCAUGAGAGAUGAGUAAUGCAAUGAACAUCUUUCAUCAUAAAGAUCAAUAAUUGUUCUGGAAUGAAUUUUGAACUUGGAGGAGUAUUAUCAGUUAGCAAAAUUCAGACAUCCUAGGCCUCAGUAAUCAAUGAGGAGCUAAAAAAACAACUAAAAUAUCAAUGGAAAGUUUAAAGAAUACAGCAAUUAAUACAAAAGAAGGUGUGAAUGGACAAAAGUGACGAAAGUUUGUAAAUUGGAUUGGGAUUUUGUAACUUUGAAUAUUAAUCUUGGAAGACAUAAUUAUUUGUUUGUUACAAAUCUGUGAUUUUGUCAAAUAGAAAGUUUCUUGGUUAGUGUUCCAUAGGGAUAAAGGUUGUGUAAUAAAUAUAAAGUAAAAUGAACUAGACC